AAGUUGUAGUAAUUUAGUUUUUUUGGUGGUAACAUAAAAUAGCAGCCGUUCAGCUAAAACCCUAAACCCUCUCUUCGUGCAGAAAUGGGGAAGAAGAAGAAGAGAGCCGAACGAGAAGCAGAAUCGGAACUCCUGAAUACAGAGACCAUCAAUGAGCAAAAUGAUCUCCAUAUUGCGAAUGGGGAUUCUAAGAAGAUAAAGAAGAAGAAAACCAAAGAGGUGAAGGAAGAAAGUGUGUUAAAGGAAAAACCCACAGUUUCCGUAGCACUCGCCGGAUCUAUCAUUGACAACACUCAGUCACUCGAACUCGCAACACGGUUGGCUGGCCAGAUUGCUCGUGCUUCCACCAUUUUUCGGAUAGAUGAGGUUGUUGUAUUUGACAACAUAGGUAGUUCAGUGGACUGUUCAGAUCCGAUGAUGGAGGAUGGGUCACAUGAUGAUGAAAGUGGUGCUGCAUUUCUUUUCAGGAUUUUGAAGUAUAUGGAGACACCUCAAUACCUUCGGAAGAGUCUUUUCCCCAUGCACAACAACUUAAGAUAUGUGGGUUCGUUGCCACCACUUGAUGCCCCACAUCAUUUGCGGAAGCAUGAAUGGGCUCCCUAUCGAGAAGGUGUCACACUAAAGGAUCGAAAUUUAACAUCUGGGGGAACACUUGUUGACGUUGGGCUUAGUAAGCCUGUUGCAGUUGAUCAAGUCAUUGCCCCAGGAAUAAGGGUGACAGUAUCCAUGGGAGCAGAGAGAAACUUGGAUGCAGGCAUACCACAUCAGGUUGUCUCUUCUUCAACACCUAUGGAGGAUGCAGGGAUGUAUUGGGGAUAUAAAGUACGAUAUGCUCCAAAUAUCAGUUCUGUAUUCAAGAAUUGCCCAUACAAGGGAGGGUAUGAUCACUUGAUUGGUACCUCCGAGCAUGGUCUUGUAAUGAAGUCCUCAGAUUUGACUCUCCCAUCAUUCAGGUAUGUUUCAAUAGUCGUUUGUGAUAUUUGUGUGUGCAAAUAGUCACCCCCCUUUUGUUACAGUACUAAUUU